UGUUCUAAAAUUUAAUAUUCGCGAGAAAAUAAAAAAAAUAAUAAACAUUAACAAUGGGUAAUAAAGUAGCAACAUUCACCGAAGAACAACUUGAAGAUUAUCAGGAUUGUACUUUUUUUACGCGCAAAGAAAUCUUGAGAAUAUUUAAGAAAUUCCGGGAGAUAGGAGAUUCUGGAAUGGUACCGCGUACCAUGACACCGCAACAAGCAUCGUCUCUUCGUUUACCAUUGUCAUAUUUAACUCGUAUUCCUGAAUUGAAGGAAAAUCCAUUUAGAGAACGGAUCUCGGAGGUCUUUACACAACGCCAGGAUCCAGGACACUCGACGUCUAUCACCGAAGGAAUCUGCUUCGAGGAAUUCCUCGAGAUGAUGUCCGUGUUCUCUGAACAGGCACCGCGGGAUCUGAAAGUCUUUUACGCCUUUAAAAUUUACGAUUUCGACGAGGACGGAGUGCUGGGAAUGGGUGAUUUGGAACGCACCUGUCGGCAGCUGACUCGAGGUGGGCUAAGUGCCGAAGAGAUGACUACUGUGUGUCGAAAAGUUCUGGAAGAGAGCGACAUAGACGGCGAUGGAGCUCUGUCGUAUCUCGAGUUUGAGCACGUUGUAACUAGAGCCUCCGAUUUCAUGGCGACAUUUCACAUAAGAAUAUGAAGAAUGGACAUAAAGCACCACAUCUAAAUAAUCAGUGUAAAGUAGGUGAAUAAUUUAAAUAAAUAUAUAAUUACGAUUAAAUUGAAAGAAAUGAUAUUAACCCUCUAUCGACCAAAUUAUUUGUUUAUUUAACAAAUGUUCAAUAUAUUUAGUAAAUAAGUCGAAGAUUAAAAUAAUAGUUUAUAAAAAGUUUGUACUUUUCUUCGAGAGAAAUGGAAAUAUGUACAGACAAGUUUCUAUUUUACAAUUAUACAAUUGAAGAAGAAUCUAAAAAGAAAAUUAAAUAAAUAAAAACUAAUAUGAUUUUAAAAUUACAUUGGACAAUAGAGGAUUGAUAAAUACCUAAAAAAUUAUAUUUCUUUCAUUUUAAUCAAGUUCGCGCUUUAUACAAUGUAAUUAAUGUCUUAUUCGCUCAUUCUUGUUAUACUUUAAUUAAAACUGCGAACUCAAGUUUCGUAAUAUAUCGAGUUUACACUUUCAUAGUUGUAGAGAAGAGACAAAGAAUUAUGUUCAAAAAUUUCCCAACGCAAAAAAAUCAUUAAAAUCCAUAAUAAUUCCUUGAUUUGCGAAAUUUUGAACUUAUCGCGCAUUAUGCUAAUUUUUCGUUGUAGUUCGAAAUAAAUUGAAACAACAGAAAAAUAAUCUGUAUAACGCUAUUCGCAGAAUUCUGCAAUAUAUUCUUACGGACUACAUCUAUACCUGACGAAGUUACUAUUCUCCACCAUUAGUCAUUAAGUGUGAAAAAUAUCAUUAUUCAGGAAAAAAUUGUAUCUCAUAAAGUAUUCUUAAGGCGUCAUUUUUAUUUCGCCGGUAUUUAAUUAAUAAGACUUUUCGGAUUGCAUUGAUAGGUUGUUGUAUCUUUAAGACGAGCGAAAAAUAAAAUUAUAAUAAUAUUAAUUACUAGUUGCUACAAUUUAAUUACCAAUAUCUUA